CUCCGAUGAAUGAAGGUCAGAGAGAAGAAGGAGAGACAGUCAGGGGAACCCUGCAUGAUCUGGGAUGCAACUCUGGAAAGUCUGGCAUGGAAAAGCCGAGGUACCGGAAUGAGCUUGUUGACGCAUAAUCCCACCCGCCCCGCUGGCACAGGGAGGGGGAAAAUCUAGCAUAAACUCAAAUCCUCCAGAAGAGAUUUACGGAGCUGCCGCUGCGGGUUCAACCGUGAAGAAGACGCAUCAUUUCUCCACAUUUUCCCGCCUCUGCAUGCUAUGUGGUGACGAUCAGUACUAUUUUAACAUCUCUUUCUUGGAUACUUGAACCAGAGGACCAAAUGCGCAGUAAUAAGAAUUAGGCAAUAAAACCUUCAGUUUGCAUCGGCACGAUCUCCAGAUUGUGGAUCUGGUGUGGCUGAGGCGUGGACAGAUCCAGCUCCAAAUAUCCUCUACAUCCCAACUCAUCAUCACAGGUAGUAUUUGAUCUCGAUCCGUGUUGAUUAUACACCGGGGAUCCGGAGCCACGAUGACAGGCCCCCCGCUGGUCCCUCGGCCCGCCUGUUGACGGUAACCGGGCAGGAUGGGAGCAGGUCUGCCGCUAUCAGGAUCUCGAACCAGCCGAUUCAUCAAUGGAGGAGGAGAAUGAGACCCGGAAAAUUAACAACAGCUUCCUUCGCGACCACAACUAUGCAACCGAAGCUGACAUUAUCUCAACGGUGGAGUUUAACUCAACGGGGGAGCUGUUGGCCACCGGGGAUAAAGGAGGAAGGGUGGUUGUCUUCCAGAGGGAGCAGGAGACUAAGACACAACCCCAUCGUCGAGGGGAGUACAACGUUUACAGCACAUUCCAGAGUCACGAACCCGAGUUUGACUACUUGAAGAGUUUGGAGAUUGAGGAGAAGAUCAACAAGAUCAAAUGGCUGCCUCAGCAGAAUGCAGCAUACUUUCUGCUUUCCACCAACGACAAGACCGUGAAGCUGUGGAAGAUAAGUGAACGAGACAAGCGUCCGGAAGGCUAUAACCUGAAGGAUGAAGACGGACGCUUCCGGGACCCGUCAACCAUCACCACAUUACGGGUGCCUGUGCUGCAGCCGAUGGAUUUGAUGGUGGAGGCGACAGCCAGGCGCGUCUUCAGCAACGCCCACACGUACCACAUUAACUCCAUUUCCGUCAACUCCGACCUGCAGACCUUCAUCUCCACGGAUGACCUCCGGGUGAACCUGUGGAACCUGGAGAUCACGGACCGCAGCUUCAACAUUGUGGACAUUAAGCCGGCCAACAUGGAGGAGCUGACGGAAGUCAUCACCUCAGCAGAGUUUCAUCCCCAGCAGUGUCACACCUUCGCCUACACCAGCAGCAAGGGCUGCAUACGUCUCUGUGACAUGAGACAGGCCGCCCUCUGCGACAAGCAUUGCAAAUACUUCGAAGAGCCAGAGGAUCCGUCAACGCGCUCCUUUUUCUCAGAAAUCAUCUCAUCCAUCUCCGACGUUAAAUUCAGCCACAACGGGCGCUACCUGAUGACAAGGGACUACCUCACUGUCAAGGUGUGGGACCUCCAAAUGGAGAACAAACCACUGGAAACCUACCAGGUUCAUGACUACCUGCGGGGCAAACUUUGUUCUCUGUAUGAGAACGACUGCAUCUUUGACAAGUUUGAGUGCGUCUGGAACGGAUCGGACAGCGUCAUAAUGACCGGUUCCUACAACAAUUUCUUCCGAAUGUUCGACCGGAACACCAAACGGGACGUCACACUGGAGGCUUCGAGAGAGAACAGCAAACCCAGAGCUAUUCUGAAACCUCGCAAGGUGUGCGUAGGUGGGAAGCGUCGCAAGGAUGAGAUCAGUGUAGACAGCCUUGACUUCAGCAAGAAGAUCCUCCACACGACGUGGCAUCCACAUGAGAACAUUAUUGCUGUAGCGGCCACCAACAACCUCUACAUAUUCCAGGACAAAGUGAACUAAAAAAGGCAGUCUGCCCCCACUUACUCUGGACCCACACAUAUGUGAGGGGCUGCUGUCUUAAAUCCCCAACCCCCCCCCCCCCCCCCCCCCCCCCUCACCCCCGACUCUGCAUUAACAGAGUCCAGUGUCCAGAGACUGAUGUGAGAAAGUGGACACUGAAACGGAUACAAUGCGAAGAAAAGGUUUCAUUUCAAGACUUCUGAUUUAAUUUAUUCAGCCAUGCGGACAGCCAAAAGGAUUGAAUUCUGUGCGUUUAUGCAACAUGACAGAUCGCUGCAUGAAUAAUGUUAUGUAGCAGCCCUCUGGACUAAGAAGAAACAGGCAGAUAAGGCAGCAGGGAAUUUAAAGCAGAGCACAGAGACAGAAAGCCAGCUCACAUGACGGUGGCUCGUCUCCAUGUAGCGACAGUGCCCCCUGUGUUUCAGCCACCUCGAGCUGCAGCGCAUGUGAUGAACCCCACAGCCUCUGACUUAGGUCAAAACUGGACAGCGCAAGAAGACAAGGAGACUGUUAAUGUCUGACCCCCAGAAACUGCACGCAGCACGGUCAGCCUCACCGGUAACGCGUCUCCUUGUUGAGACUUCUGUAGUCUGUGAUGUGAAUGAAGCCCUUCCAGGCAGCGUGAGUCGACUUCAUUUAAAGCCGUUUGUUUUGUCGAGUCCUUCUCUUCUCGGUUGGUGAGUCUGUUUAGAAGCUGUGGUGCCUUCUUUUGGUAUGUGGAGCUUUGAUGUAGUGGGUGUGGGUGGGAGGGAGGGGAAGGGGCUGUUUGAAUGUUUUAAAUUAAAUGUUAACUUAGGGAUUCUUUUUUUUCUUUUUCUUUCCCUCUCUUUCUUCACCAAUGAAAUGAAAGUAAGAAAAAAAGCUUCAUGCUGAUUGGCAAAGUGCUGCAAGUAAUGACAAGGAGAAGACACUGUUUUCUUUUGUACAGAGGAACUGCUGCGUGUUCGAUGUCAUCGGUUUCUCAGAGAAAUGAUAAAGACACCACUUUUUCUUUGCAAAAGUGACUUUUUAUUAAAUAAAGCAGGCAGGUGUCUUUGCUACCUGUUUGGAUAGUACUGAAAAUGAUUUGUAGAUGAUAAGAUCACAACGUUCAGCUUCAUGAUUUAAUAGGACCCUAUCUAGAAUAUCUUGGCAUCACAGUGCAACACUAGCUCCUUUAGCAUGCGUUGAAAGUUAAUCUGUUGAAACUGACAGUCGAACAUCUACAGAUCAUUUGAUGCACUACCCCAUGAAAGCUUUUUUUUUUUUCUCCCCAAAAGGCGUCAGCGUAAAUCGUUUUUAUAUGAGAUCGUUCCAAUGCUUGUGCAUGUUUGUUCCCUGGAGGAAGAAGGGCAACGAGGAGCAGCAGCAGGUCGUCUCACAGAAACCGGCUUGGAUCUGACUCCGAUUUUGUGCAAGGCAGUCAAACGCGUACCUGGACUCUGUAAAAUCAGGGAAUAUUUGUGUGUGAGUCUGUUAACAGUGAUAUCUUCUAAACCGCCCUCCUUUGUGACACUUCUAAUUGAAGCAAACCAACUUUUAUAGCUCAGAAUGUAUCAAAAUGCAAUGAAUUACCAUGCAUUCUUUAUGCUUACUGGACUUACUUUGAAUAAAAAAAGAUUAAAGAUUUGCAAGCUCAA